GUUCUAGCCCUUUCGCAGCGACCGACAUCUAGCGCGUCUGAGGCCUCAGACCAUCGCAUGCUGGCCAUUGACUCUUCCAAGUAAUGUUCCUAUACCCUCACCGCAACCUCAACACCCAUGAGUACUGAGAUCUCGAGGACGUUUGAGUCUACUUUUGGACCUUCUUCGGAGCCAAUAUCGAUCUCGGAGUUCCGAAAGACAGCUAAGACAGAGGUUAACGUCGACGUCAAGAAUUCUUCUUCUUCAUGGCAGCGUCUCAGUCAGUCUCAACAGCAGGAUAUCGAGCAGGAGUGCAAUAGAUGCAUAACAGAGGUUAAGUCGACCCUUGAGACAGCAUGGGACAACCCGUCUGUGUCAGGCUAUUUGAUGCGCACCCAUGACGCUACCAUCUCGGAAUUACAGAAUCAAGCCGGUAUUGUGUCGGAAAGCAAGGGUGCGAGACGAUCCCGUAGUGUCAUUCCAGAUGCACAAUCUUGGCCUGCAGUCGCGACAGACAUGAAAGAGAAACUAGAAGCUAUUGAAAUCCGGAGCUGGCCGUACACUGCGGAUGCAACCUGGUUUAUCCGCACACCGAAGAACUCAGACCACAACGCUAUUACAAGGGUCAAGGCCAGUGCUGGGUCUGGGAAUAAUCCUAAGGCGGGCGCAGCAGGCGUCGGUGACCCAGAAGGCGGCGACGUCUCGACUUGCUCUGACCAAGAAAUAACUGAUCCGCCAGCUGUGAUAACGGUUACAGUACACAAUUGCGUGUCAUGGGCCCACAGCAUCCUGACACGCUCCUCUCAACACGUAGUCCUAUCCUCGCAGACAUUGGCAGAUCUUAUCGAGGUUGUUCCCUGCCCAUCCAAGAAGCUACUGUAUGACCAAGACACAAUAGAUUCAAGUUCAGGGCCCUCAAUACAGCACGACGAAGGAUGCCUCGUCUGUAUAGAGGGGUUAGCCUAUGGAGAUGGAAGAGAAGAAGAUGAGUAUGCUGCAAACCUGAUCGCACAACUUGAUAAACUCCCAGCGGAGAAACGGCCUCCCUUGCAGAAAGCAGGGACGUCUCUGGCAAACACGACUAUAGACACACUGUCCCUCAGAGUAAAUCAACCUUAUUGGAUGCUACACCAGGGAAAUUGUGAACAUUAUCUUGUCGUAGAUGAGAUUAGGCUUCGUCAUUCAGCGGAUCCCAAGUGUGGUUAUCCUUUGACCACCCAAAUCACUCCAACUUUGCUCGACAUGUGCCGGGCGUGCUCGAGGGUACCUGCUGCGUACUCUAUCAUAGGCGACCUGCGGGUGGGAGAGAGCCCAUGUCCCCUGUGUGGGCCUUGUUGGAGAAAUUUGGGGCCUUCCGAAGGCGUUACUGUGGUACCACUUCUCACUCAUGAGGAGACUGAGCCGUCGCGCCAGGCAUGAACAGGCGUGUGCAUGUAGUUCUGGAGUCAAACUUUGCGCUGCCAAGUACUUUUGAUAAACAAGUCAAUCCUUUCAAAAUAGCAUCCUGUGACGAAAGGGUUUCUAAGUAGAUGGGUUGUCACGCGUGCUCCCCACGCGCUGAUUGACUGACGCGCCGGGAAGCGUUGCAAUUACAUGUUCUUCCC